UACAAGUUGCUGUUCGAACUAGACCAUUGAAUCAACGAGAAAUUGAUCUGAAAUCUCCAACUAUUGUGACGAUACAAAAUUCACAGGUUUUUGUGGAGAAACCUCAAGACAAACAUCAUACGCCAAAAACAUUUUCAUAUGAUUUUUGUUUUAAUUCAAUACAUUCAGAUAGUUCAAAUUAUGCCAGUCAAGAGAUGAUAUUUGAAAAACUUGGUGUAGAAAUUGUUAAACAUGCAUUUGAAGGAUAUAAUGCCUGUAUAUUUGCAUAUGGUCAAACAGGUUCAGGCAAGUCAUAUACUAUGAUGGGUUCACAUAAUGAUCGAGGAAUAAUACCACGUUUAUGUCAAUUGAUGUUCGAUCAAAUAGAAAAUAAAAUAAAAGAAGAAAUCAAUCAAGAUAUAAAUAUUGAAUCAAUUAAUAAUGAAAAAAUUAAUGAUAUUUUAUCGUUAAAAUUUUCAUCAUCUUAUCGUGUAGAAGUUUCAUAUUUCGAAAUUUAUAAUGAAAAAGUACGAGAUUUACUUAAUCCAAAUAAUAAUCAUCAUGCAUUAAAAGUACGAGAGAAUAAAAUUCUUGGACCAUACGUUGAUGGACUUUCACAACUUGUUGUUACAUCCUAUCAGGAAAUUGAAACUCUAUUAAUCGAAGGUAAUAAUUAUCGAACAGUAGCAUCAACAAAUAUGAAUAAUGAAAGUUCAAGAUCACAUGCUGUAUUUACUCUUAAAUUAACUCAAACAUUAUCAACUGACGCAUCUGAAACUCAAAGUGUAAAAGUAAGCAAAAUAAGUCUAGUUGAUUUAGCUGGAUCUGAACGUGCAUCGAAAAGCGGUGUUCAAGUAGAACAAGCUCGUUUUCGAGAAGGAUGCAAUAUAAACAAAUCUCUUUCAACACUCGGUCUUGUAAUCUCAGCGUUAGCUACACGUCAAUCGAAUGAAAAUAGUUUAAAAUCAACAAAAAAAACAUUUGUUCCAUAUCGAGAUUCCGUAUUAACUUGGUUAUUAAAAGAUAGUUUAGGUGGAAAUUCUUUUACUAUAAUGUUAGCAACAAUAUCUCCAGCCUAUGAUAAUUAUGAAGAAACAAUUUCAACAUUACGUUAUGCUGAUCAAGCAAAGAAAAUUGUUAAUCAUGCUGUUAUUAAUGAAGAUGAACCCGGAACAAUAAUUCGAGAAUUAAGAGAUGAAAUUGAUAAAUUACGAAAAGAAUUAGCGGAUGCUAAAGCAGAAAAAUCAGCCGAGAAACUUAAUGCUGAAAUAAAAGAAAAUGAAAAAUUAAUGCAAACAAUAUCCAAAGAUUGGCAAGAACGUAUUGCUGAAACAGAUAAAAUAAGCAAAGAACGUCAUGAAUUACUUGAAAAAAGUGGUAUUUCUGUUUGUAGUUCUGGUAUUGGUUUAGAAAAAGAUCGAUUAUAUCUAGUCAAUUUAAAUCCUGAUCCAGCAUUAAAUGAAUUAUUAGUUUAUUAUUUAAAAACAAAAACAAGGAUUGGUAGACCCGAUGCACCGAUUAAACAAGAUAUUGAACUAAUCGGAGUUGGUAUUUCACCAGAACAUUGUAUUAUUGAAAUGAAAAAUCAAAAUCAAAUAUUUUUAAUACCUUUGAAUAAACAGAAAACAUAUGUCAACGGUCAAUCAAUUGAUGAUGAAACACAAUUGAGACAUGGUGAUCGACUUUUACUUGGUUGUUCGCAUUUCUUUCGUUUAAAUUCACCCGGAGAUAGAGUUUCAACAAAUAAUAAUAACAAUACGGUUAUAUCAUCAAUCAUGAACACUUCAUCACAUUUAACAUUUAUUGAUGCUCAGAAUGAAUUUUUACUCAAUCAAUUAGCUACGGAUCCAAUGACAAAAGAUUUAAGAUUAUUUUUAAAACAAGAUGACAAUAAUCAAGAAACAAAUCGAAUUAUUGCAAAUAAAACUUCCGAUGUCUAUGAAAGAGAAAUUGAGUAUCUUAAAACACAAUUAAUGCGUAGUGAUAGUCGUUCAACAACAAUAAAUUCGAAAAAUCGUGCUUUUGAAGAUUCACUUUCGAAAUGGCGUUUUUCAAAUAAACUUCUCACUGAAUCUGAAGAAAGUCGAGCAUAUUUUCAUCGUCUUAAACAAGAAUUAAUACGUGUUAAUGCUCUUGUAUCUGAAGCAAAUACAAUUGCAAGUGAAAUGCAACGACAAACAACAUACAGUGCAAUGUUACAAAUCCCUGUUUCAUAUUUAAAACCAAGUCAACGUGCUACAACAAAUCUGUGUGAACCAGCUGUUCAAGUUAAAAGACGAAAUCUCUCGCCACAAAUAUGGAAUAUAGAAAAAUUUGAAUCGAAAUUAAAUGAUAUGAGAGAUGUUUAUUAUGAAUGGCAAAUGUCGGAAAAUAAAUCAUUAUUAAUCACACAACAACAAAAACGAAAUGAUCCAUUUUUUGAUGUUGAAGAAUAUAAUAGUUUAAUUGGUGUUGCAAAUAUUUUUUUAAAAGCUUUAUUUUAUGAUUCAAAACUCGAUUAUCUUGUACCGAUUAUAAAUACACAGGGAGAGAUAUCUGGUUCACUGCAUGUUGUUCUUGUACAAGUGGGUACAUCUUCAAUGAAAAAAUUAAGUGAUUUUCAACCAAAUAAUAAACCACGUGCUAGUAUUAGUGAAGGUAUAAGUAUUGAAACUGAGGAACGUAGUUUAAGUGAACAUAGUAACAGUCAAAACAGUUUGGAUGAUGAAAGUAAUGAUGAUAUAAUUGGAACGUCGAAUGAUAAAACUGAUCAAAUUACAGUUAGAUUUGCGAUAAAAGAAGUUCGAGAUUUACCUCAAUGUGAUGCAUCAAAUGAUGAUGAUACUGAAGAACAAGUUGGUAAAAAACCACGUAUAUUUUCAUUCAAUCAUGAAAAAGAAUAUACAUUUACAAUGACUGAUAAUUUUAUUACAACAUGUCUUGAGAGUGCUGUUUCAAUUGAAGUUUGGUAUCAUUAUAGUACGAUACCACUAUCAAUAAAUACAAAUGCGAAUAAUGAACGUACACGACGUGAUGCAGAAAUUCGAGCUUUAAGUAAUCGAUGGAAAGAAGUUAAACGACAUAUACAAUAUGCUGUUGAAAUUCAUGAAUUGGAUGCAUCGGGACGAUGGGAACCAGUUGAAGUUGAUGCUCAACAACCGCAAAUUAUUAGUGGAGGAGUUUAUCGAUUACGACAAGGUCAAUCAAAACGUUUAGUAGCACGAUUACGUGUUAUACCUCAAUCAGGUACAAUGCCACUUGUUCUUCAUGCUAUACGAUCUGUUGAAAUUGGUUCAAUAAAUACAAGAAAAAUAAAUGCACCAAAACAAUUAGAUUCAUAUCAAGAUGAAGAAUUACAGCGUUUACGACGUGAAUGGCUUGAUUUAAUUGAAAAACGUAAAGUUUAUCUUGAAUCUGAAAUUAAAAUGUUAAGUCAACAAACAAAUAAAACACCAAAUGAUCUUGAAAGAGAAACAGCUUUACUUGAGCAACUUGUUCGUUUAGCUGAAGAAAGAAAUUUUUCAGAAUUGCCACCACCCGGAAGUGGAAUACCUGGUUCACCACCGUGUUGGACUCCUCCAGCAACGAUUGAAGAACAUCGUCCACUUAUAUUUCUUGAUUUAGAUCCUGUUAAUAUGAAUACAGAUAAUGAUACAGCUGGUCUUAAAGCAACAUUAAAUGAAGAAAAUAAAAAUGAUAUGUUUCGAUUACCAUUACUUCAUCAUGCAUCGGAUGAGGUUCGUGCUGUUGCUCAAUGGGAUCCAUCAAUACAUGAAGCACAUGAAAUGAAUCGUGUUACACCAAAUAAUACAAUUAUUUAUAUGAUUGUUAAAAUAAUUGUAUUAAUAUCUCAACCUGUUCGAAUGGAACUUGUCUUACGUAAACGUAUUGCAACAACUAUCGGAAAAACUGAAGGAUGGUGGUCAGGCAAAGCAAUGAAAUACCUCCUUGGUUAUAAACCAUAUAAACGAACAAGUGUUGUUUAUGAAAUUGUUUCAAGUAUCCCCAAAUAUAUUCAUGAAAUUGAAGAUAGAAAAAGUCUUGCAUUAGUUGCCGGAUCAGAAUGUCAUACACAGAAUUAUAUAGAAAAAUAUAUUCAAUAUGCAUCCGCUGUUGAUUCUCUUCUUUUACUUGAUCAACUCAGACAAGAAGUGUCAUUAACUGAAAAUUCUUCAAAACAACAAACGAUACGAAAAGCAACAAGUGUACCUAAUAUUGCUAAUCAACAAGGAAAUACUACUCUAUCAAUUGCACCAGUUAAUUCUCGUCGAGAAAUUGAUGAUGAACAACAAUCUCCAUUAAAAAAAUCUCCUUCAAUUCAAGGUGAAUCUUCAACUCGUUCAAAUCCAUUUUUUGAUGAUAAAAAUACUGCUAAAUCAUCUUUUCUCUAUCCACAUACUCAUAAUGAUUCAACGCCAACACAAAUUAAAACCAUUAAUACCCCAUUUUCAGCAUUUAGUCGAUCAGAUCUUAAUGUAUCAACUCCAAUGUCAACGCGUAUUGAAAAUAUAAAAUUGAAUGAAACUCCACAUUCUUAUUUUGAAUCAACUACACCAAGUAUGUUAUCACGUUCAUUAUUUAUUGAACAAGAACAAUUAGAACCCGUUAAAACAUCAACUAUUCGAAUACGAAAUGCAUUUGAUAUUGAUGAUCAUGAAAAUCAAACGAAUAAAAAAGAAGAUGAUGAUCAAGCAUUAUCUAUAAGUACACUUGAAGAAAAAUAUUCUGUACCAGUAACUUCACGACCUAUUCAACCAUCAACGACUGAACAAUCAAUUCAACCGUCAACUACUGAACAACCUAUUCAACUAUCAACUACUGAACAACCAAUUCUAUCAUCGACGACUGAACAACCCACAAUAAAAGUUGUUGAUAUUAAUGAUGAAGAAUAUCCAAUUGAUUCACGAGUUAUUGUUAAUACUGAUCAUCAUAUAUUUAAUAAAUUAGGUACAGUUCGUUUUGUUGGAAAAACAAGUAUUAAAGAAGGUAUUUGGUAUGGUAUUGAACUUGAAGAAGCAGUUGGCAAACAUGAUGGUUCAAUUAAGGGACAUGUGUAUUUUCGAUGUCCAGAUAAACAUGGUAUUUUUGUUCGUCGUGAUAAAAUUCGACGAAAGACUUGA